AUGAAUAGAAUAAUAAAUUCAACUAUAAAAAAUAUAAAAUUAAAUAUAGUCAAUAAUAUAUCGAAACCAACAAAUAAACAGAGUUUGUUUCAUUUAUAUAUUUGGCUGGUUGGACCAGAAGGUCGUGGAAAAACUACAUUAAUACAUGGAAUCUUGGAUCACUUGAAAAAUAGUAGAACAGAAUCGCACAUCACAACAUAUUUCGAUUUUAAUAAUGUAAAAGAUUUUAAUUUUCAGGAGGGAAUGAAUUUUAGAGACUGGUGGAACUUGAGUAUGAUGACUUAUGAGCUAAAUCCCAAAUCAUUUGGAGUCUCUAAACAAGGAAAUUUCAACUCAGCACAACUUUUCCUACUUUUUAUCAACUCUGUCGCCUGCCGAAUUGACAUGGAAAAUUGCCAAAAUAUCACACCUCCGAGUAGUUCAAUAACAGGACAAUGGGUAAUAUCGUAUAUGCUCGAAACCAUAAAGCUAAUGAUGAGAGAAGAGAAGAUGAAUUGGAUAUUUUGUAAUGACGGAAUUGACCACCUGGUCAGUUCACCGUUUCUCAGUGAUAGAGGACUGGUAUUCCUUUCAAACUUGCUACUAAACCUACAAAUCGCAUCACUCCCUUCAGUGUUCAUCUCCAACGACUCAACCAUUCCUUUACUUCUAACUAACAAACAUUAUGAGAAGUUGUUCAGUAACAAUGGAAAUAAUCCAAUGAGUAUAAACAGAAUCUAUGAUUCAAAUAAUUUUAUCUUCCACCAAGUAGAUGAAAUCUCACAAGAAGAAGCUAUGAACUAUUUGAGCAGUAAAUUGGAAUUUGGUGAAAAGUUCAUAAAGUGCAUUUGGAAAAUUACGGGCGGGAAUCUGAGUCUAAUAAACAAAGUUCUAGAAGAUUAUGAGGAGUUCGUUAAGAAAGUUAGUCUGGGAACAGUCCAGCAAAUACUCUCUGGAUCUAAAAGUUUGGUGGAUGAUGAGUAUUUCCCGAUAAAUAAAUCAAAACACGAACAAAUCAGUUAUCUAAGGGAGGAGCAGUUCAAGUUGUUUCUGAAAACACUUCACCACGACACUUUUAACUCAGUAAUAUAUAGAUACCAAUCAGAUAUAAUAAAGUUCGAGAAUAUGAUGAAUGGGUUCCUGAGUAGUGUGCCAAUUGAGGAAAUGAAGCUGAACAUGAAGAAUUUAGUCCAUUUCAAAGUCGUGGUGUUUGAAACUAUAAGAUAUCUGUUGAAUAAAAAGUGGCUCAGAGUCAAGGACAACGUGACAAUCAAUAAUAGAAUCAUACUGGGGUUAAUUGAAGCAAACAUAUUAUACUAUGAAAUCCCGUCAAUGAUGUUGGAGUUCAAAAAUUCACUGGUUAAAUACUUGCUAAACUCGUAUAUACAAAUCCAAUACGGUAACAAAACAUUAUACAUAAAAUGGUUAUAG